CAUAAUGAUCUUGUUUUUGAUGUAUUUGCUGGUGUUGGACCAUUUGUUGUACCAGCUUUAAUGGUUGGUUGUACUGUUUAUGGUAAUGAUAUUAAUCCUGAAUCAUUUAAAUGGAUGACAAUAAAUUUAAAAAAUAAUCAACCAAAAAAAUCUUCAAAUCAAUAUUAUGUAUUCAAUUUAGAUGGACGAGAAUUUUUACAAACAAUUGUAUUACCACGUAUAGAAAAUUAUCAACAAGAAAUAAAAAAUGAUAAUGAAAAAAAAUGGUGUUUAUCAAAUAAUAAAAUAGUGAUUUUAAUGAAUUUACCUGAAAUUGCAUUAACAUUUUUAGAUGUUUUAUCUGAAUGGUUAUCAACAAAUAUUGAAGAAAAAGAACAAUGGAUAUUACCAAUUCAUAUUUAUUGUUAUACAUUUUCAAAAGCUGAUAAUCGUGAUGAAGAUAUACGAAUGAGAUUAAAAUCAAUUUUACCUAAUAUUAAUGAUGAACAAAUAACAUGUCGAUUUGUUCGACAAGUUGCACCAAAUAAAGAUAUGAUGUGUGUACGAAUUAUUUUAUUUAACAAGAAGAAUACAGAUGAAAUAUUAUCAACAGAAAAGACAAACAAUAAAGAUGAAGAAGAAGAAGAAGAAGAAGUUCCUGCAAAAAGAUUUAAACAAGAUUCUUCAGAAUAA